AUGCCCCUGGGUCCAUUUGAUUCCCGGGCAAAGCGAUCCCGCUGUUCUGCAUGCUCAACAAGUCAUCUCAAAUGCUCUGGAGAUGUGCCCUGCAGUCAUUGUGCUCGUCGGCACAUCGCAUGCACCUAUACAUCUCAAAACAAGACCAAUAAACUGAUCCUUGUCGAAAGAGGGAAGCAAAAGACGCAGAUAAAUUGGUCCUUGAAGCUCUCCCGGCCGAGCACCUCGACUUUGCCAUCUCCGUCCACAGCCACAGCCACCGUCACUGUCUCACACAUCAACCACUAUGUACCUCCUCCCAGACGUCUCAAUGACAAGUCCACCAUUUACAUCACCUUCUUCGACACCUUCUCCAAAAGGAAUGACUUCACUGGCCGCUCUCGAACAGCCGGCGAUGAAGUGAAGCAGCUGGCUGAGCUGCACUCUCGCAAAGGAAACCAUCUCCUCAAUGCCAUGCUGGCUAUUGGCGCAAUGUAUGCUGGCAAACUGAACGCGAAUGACGGGCCACCAAAGCGGGAGUCCCUGUUGAUAGCUUUUCAGCAUUACUCAUAUGCAGUCGAUGGUCUUAAAGAGGCUAUUGGUGCAUGGAGGCUCGGUGCAACCCAACAGCCACAACGAAGAAAACAGGAUCAACACGUCUGUAUUCUGUGGACGACUUUCUUUCUCGGCCUGUUCGAGCUCAUGAAUGAUGUCACCGGCCACUGGUGGCUACAACACAUCGUCCACGGCACAUCUGUGGCUUUGAAAGCCAGUGGCCCCGAGUCGUGUCGUUCGGGCCCCGGGUUGGCCUUCUUCAUUCAGGCCAGGAUGUUCGAAGUCAGCAGGACCAUUCUAUUCAAUGAACCGACCUUUCUCACAGAACCGGAAUGGGUUGCAUUGUCCCGAGAUAUGUGGUCCGAGGAGGUGAACUUCGAGUCUGGAGUCGCCAGGAAUUCUUGGAGACCGGUGGAUUCGUUGCUCGACAUCAUGGUAAUGUGCUCCAAUCUCCGUGUGAGAGCUGCAACCUUUAUAGCAGCACAGGAAAUUUCGCCCUCGCAAAUACCCGGGCCCGAAGCUAGAGCCAUAGCCGAGGAUGGACAUCGUCUUCGAGAGGCUUUGAGAAGUUGGAGUACAGCCUAUAUCCCUGAAACAGGCCAAUUGUCAAGCUUCAGACUGGUAGAUUCUCCAGGGUUGAACGACGGCCGCCAUCAAGAAGGCGGCGGGCAUCAAGGGCUAUCAGAUCCGAGCAGUCUCAUGGCUCGUGUUUUCUUCGCUGCCAUUAGCAUUUACCUCUCGGGGAUUUUCGACUACGAGCUGCUUCACUGGCAACGACUAAACAUAGCUGUCGCGAUCCUCGAUCAAGCCACCAUAGUGCAGCAUCUGCACACAAUCCUGGCUUUGACAGAGCUUGGUCUGGAUCGAACCACCUUGUCGCCCCUUGUAUUUUUGUUCCCGCUUCGGAUAGCCGGCUCCCGCUCGCGUUAUCAAUGGCAGCGUGAUCAAGUUGUCGCAAUGGUGGAACGCGUUGGCCAAGCAUUCGCCGUCGCCUCGGCUAUCAAACUCGAUCUAAUGUAUGUAUGGAAAAUGAGGCGAGUUGUCGAAGCGGAGGGUUUCGCCAGCAAUGACACUCUGUCUGCACCUGACACAUAA